AUGGCAGCAGAGACGCGGGAACGCGCGGGGCCGCCGGCGGCGGCCGGGGCGGCGGGGGCCCGCGGUGGCCGGCGGCAGGACGGGGGGGCCGCGCGCGCUCCCCGUGACCGCCCCGCGUGUCCCCACGCAGUGGUGCUCGUGGGCGAGUCCGGCGUGGGCAAGACCAACCUGCUGUCGCGCUUCACCCGCAACGAGUUCAACCACGACAGCCGCACCACCAUCGGCGUGGAGUUCUCCACGCGCACCGUGCUGCUCGGCACCGCCGCCGUCAAGGCGCAGAUCUGGGACACGGCCGGGCUCGAGCGCUACCGCGCCAUCACCUCCGCGUACUACCGCGGGGCUGUGGGCGCCUUGGUGGUCUUCGACAUCACCAAGCACCAGACGUACGACGCCGUGGAGCGCUGGCUCAAGGAGCUCUACGAGCACGCCGAGGCCGCCGUCGUCGUCAUGCUGGUGGGCAACAAGACGGACCUGGCGCAAGCUCGCGAGGUGCCCACCGAGGAGGCCAGGAUGUUCGCAGGUGCCGGGCAGGGGCCGCCGUGGGGACGGGGACGGGGACGGCGCGUCCGCUCACCCCUGUCCCCGCCGCGCGCGCCCGAAAAAAAGGCGCGGGCCGCCACCAACGUGGAGCUCCCCUUCGAGAGCAUCCUCAAGGGAGGCUCUGAUGUUGUCCCCUGUGUCCCCCCUGUCGCGCUGUGGCGCUUCCCCCGCGACGCGGCACGUGCAGGGCAGGAACGCCGGGACUUCCCAACGGAGCCUCCGCGUGGACGGCCGGACCUGGACACGGCCGGCCAGGAGCGCUAG